UUCUUCCUCCUCCAUAUCCUUCAACUCCUCUGCUUCUCUCUUGUCUCUGUCUCGCAAAAUAUGGCCAUUAGAAAAGCAAACAAGCUGCCCCAAAGCGCAGUGAUAAAGCAAAUCCUGAAGAGAUGUUCAAGCUUAGGAAGGAAGCAAGGCUAUGAUCAUGAGGAGGAAGACGACGGGGUGAUCCCAGUGGACGUGCCAAAGGGGCAUUUUGCAGUGUACGUGGGUGAGAACAGGAGAAGGUACAUUGUGCCCAUCUCCUUCUUGGCGCACCCUCAAUUCCAGUCCCUCCUAAGGCAAGCCGAAGAGGAAUUUGGAUUCCAUCACUAUAUGGGUCUCACUAUUCCCUGUGAGGAAGUUGUCUUCAGAUCUCUCACCCAAAUGAUUCGAUGAAAUAUCAACCAUUCUUCAUGGUUUUGAACAAGA